AUGAAGUUUCCGAAGUGCAGUGCAUCCUAUCUAAAAGAUGGCUUGAGUGCGCUAACAUUUCAUGAAGCUAAUUAUGCCAAAUAUGAUCCACUAGUCAACAAUUUGCCUGCAAAUCAUCACAUCAUACUUGAUAGAUUUUUCCAAUCAUGGAAGUAUUUCAAUGUAGAGAAUGAAUUUAUAAGAAACACUGUUUUUAAAUUCCACAAAGACAUUGACUUUGCUGCUGAACAACGUUUAAAACAAGGAUUGAAAUACCUUGAAAAAGAAAAAUGCAAACACCCCUGUUUUGAUGUAAAGAUUGCAGUUCACAUACGUAGAAAAAAUUUAGACCAGAAACAUUUGAGAGAUUUAGGAUACACAACUCCACCUAUAGAAUAUUACAAAAAUGCAAUGGAAUUUUUUCUGAAAAAAUAUAAAUAUUUGAAAAGUGUUUUUGUAGUAAGCAGUGAUGAUUUAAAAUGGGCAAAAUUCAACUUGGUUUCCAUAACUGAUAGAUUGAUAUUUAUUCAGUCAAACCAUCCAGCAAUAGAUAUGGCCAUUUUGUCAAAAUGUAACCACACAAUAAUUAGCGUUGGCACAUUUGGAUGGUGGUCUGCAUGGUUAGCCAAUGGGACAACUGUUUAUUAUAAAGAUUGGCCCGUUGUGGGUUCCAGUCUUUAUGAAAGCACAAAUCAUGCUGAUUACUUUCCCUCCUCAUGGAUACCUAUGUAA